AUGCAAAGAGUCGAUAUAUCUGCGGUGCACCAAGGGCUCCGAUACGCAAGUAAUCACGUUGUAGAAGGGAAUUACUCGGUUAUAUUAGAAAAUGUAAGUUGCUUGCAAACUCUUUCAUUACGUCGAUGUGAAAUUGAUGAUAAGGUAUGCAAAGAAUUAGCAAACAAAUUAGAAUAUGGCGCCCCUGCUUCUAAAAGCCUUGUAUCACUAGAUUUAACUUCAAAUAUAAUUAGCGAUUUAGGUGCUGAAGCAUUAGGCAAAAUGUUGAGAAGAAAUCGUAUGUUAUUGCAAUUGUGUUUAGCUGAUAACCGACUUACAGAUAAAGGUGCUUUUUAUAUUUUUAAUAGUAUAUGCUCAUUUGCCUUGUCUAAAGAUGAUGUACGUGAUUUGAAACUUAGGUACUUGAAGUACUGCUUCAGAAAAAUAAAGAUUCAUGAACAGUGUGAAAAAGAAAUAGUAAACCGUUUAAAGCAGGAAUCGGAUAAAGAAAAUCGACCACACAAAAGCCCUAAGAAAACUAAGAACCGUAGAGAUGCCGGCACGUCAGAUUUUGAUAAACUUACCUUAAUGGAACAGACGGAGAAAAUGGCUAAGGAAUUCAUUAAUGACUUUACAGAUAUUUUUGAUAAUCAGAACAUAAAUAUAAGACGAGGUCGCAUGUAUUCGAUUGGCAAUUUCAAGGUUUGCUACUUGAAUCUUGCAUACAAUAAUUUGAGUUACUUUUCAGUUAAAAAACUCAACGAGGUAUUGAAAUAUCAAAGGACAGUAAAUAAGCCAGAUAAAUGUAAAGGGCUUUUAAAAGUUGUUUUAGAUGGAAAUAAUAUACCUAAGGUUUGCAAAGAAAUGGCACAAAUUGAAUCUUAUUUAGAUACAGCAAUAUCUGAAAGUAUAUCAUCGGAAUUGAAAGAGGUGAAAUCGAUAUCGUAA